AUGAAGAUUCGGAUAGGUAAGCUGGAUGUUUUUAUAGUGAUCGCCGCUGCUAUUUGUCUGGUGUUUGGGAUUGUCAUGUGGGCGGCGUUCUCGUCGAUUUACAGUAAUUUAGUGAUUCAGAACCUUCGCCUGACUAUUAACACCGACUCAAGUCUUGGAUAUUCUGCAUUUCAGUAUACCAACCCUCAGGUUGAUAAUGUCAUGAAAUUCUAUUUUUUCAACAUAACAAAUCCGGAUGAGGUGAAAUAUUACUCUGCUGCUCCAAGCUUGGUGGAAAUUGGACCGUUCGCUGUGAAAGAAAGCGAACAAAAGAAGUACAUUGAUUUCAAUGGUGACAAGUCACAAAUGUUUUAUCAAAACUACAAAAGGUAUAUUCUGUCGAAGGACUACUCGUGUGAUGAGUGCGACUGGGAUAGGAAUAUUGUGUUUCCAAAUCCACCGGGAUUGGGCGCCGUCGGCUCCAUGAUCGACCCGCAGUUCCAAAUCACUCGUACCGGGCGGACAAUCAUCGCCACCGCUCUAAUGAUUCUUGGCGAGUACCCGUUUGUAUCCCACAAAGUCCGUGAAGUACUCUUCGAUGGCUAUGAGGACGCUCUGUUGUCUGCAGCACAUUCAGGGAUCGUCACCAUUCUUUCCGGAAUUUACAAAGGCGACGGCGGGAGUAUCGUACCAAUUCCAAUCCCCCAGAUGCCAAAAUUCGGGUACUUUCAAGGAUAUAACAACUCUCGCGACGAGGAGUACUGGAUAGAAACUGGAAAAACGAAUAUAAAUCAAAUCGGUGAAGUGAAAAAGUGGGCGGGGAUUACGGAGUUGCCGGCUUCAUGGUGGACGACACCAGAAGCUAGGAGUAUCAGAGGAAGUGACACCGGAAGUUUCACCCAAAUGCAUCUCGACGAGUCAUCCACCGCCGACAUGUUCUUCUCUUUCAUGUGCCGCUCGUUUACGAAAACUUUCUAUCGAAAAGAGACGAUUCAGUCGAUACCGACAAUGGGUUAUCAUAUUGGGUAUGACGAAUGGGACACGACGUCUGAUAAAAAUGUGGGCUUCCGUUAUCGAAAUGUGGAGAAGAGGAACUAUUUCCCGCAGUGGCCAAAGUGUGCGCCAAAAGGCCAAUGCCAGCAAUCCGGUUCAAUCGACUGCUCCAAAAAAAUCAAUUUCUGUCAUGCCUGUUGCGACGGUUCCCAUUACAACGGUACCUAUCUCCUCCCACCAGGCAUGUUCCCCUUGGUCUGCUACCCGGGACGUCUUCAACCCACUCCGUUCGCCGUCGUCUAUUCCCCUCCGCACUUCUUAUUCUCUCCAGAUGAAGUGAGGAGUACUGUAGUGGGGAUGGCACCGGACGCCGAGAAACAUGAACCAAUGAUUUAUAAUCAUGAGACGUAUAGUGGUACGACGUUGAGAGUGAUCAAUAGGCUGCAGGUUAACAUGCCGGUGAUCAAGUCACAUGAUGUUCCAAGCAGCCAGAACAUGCCAAACGUGAUGAUCCCGUUAUUCUGGCAAGAGGCCACUCCCGUCUUCCAUCAAUUCAUUUUCAACCAAGUCUGGCUGGGAUUCGUGUUGGUACCCCGACUAAUGCAGGUCCUGCAAUUCGUUGCUAUCGGUCUGGGACUCCUUCUACUCGCUAUUCUAUUCUUCCUGCAACUAAGAAAAGGGGAUUCCGUGAAACCUGAAAGAAAAAGUUCCCUGGAGACUACUAGUCACUGGUUGUCAUCUACAUCGAGUAACCAGAGUGGCGGAUUGAGGAGGAUGUGA